AUGUUGAAGCUGUGCGCCCAGUCAUUUGUGAGCUCGUCGACGAAUUACAACUUCGUUUGGAACUAGCAGCUUUUUCGCUGUGAUUUAUCAUACGUUAAAGUCCACCACCGCUGCUUGUUUUUAGCGAAGUUUGAAACGAAGUGCUUUUAUGUGACGUCAAAACAAAGGCGAGGAGAAAAAAAUAUAAGAAACCACGCUUAAAAAAAAGAUAUUAUAUAAAAAACAAAAAAUGCAAGCGUUAAUGGAAAAAAUCAGUUUGAAAGGGUAGCGCGUUGUUUAAGUUCGCAACUUAAAGUUUGACUCUUCAGUGACUGUUCAAUGUUGGUUAACGGAUGGUGUGGCAAGUAGCGAGUGGCGCGUGAUUCACUACCGCAGAAGAGGAUUGGUUGGAGUUAAAGUGGGAAAAUACACAGAUAAGAAUAAAAAAAAUAUUCAUAAGCAUUGCCUUUUGUUGGGUGCGCAAAUUUUAAGUGAAUACGCGUAAGAGCCAAUGAACUCCGAUUUCGCGUGCAGUAAACGGAGUGGCAAAUGUAGUGUGACAAAAUAAGCGAAGGUGAAGGUAUUUUAUGUGUGCAAAGCAAAGUGCGUAAAUCUAUGGCAAAAAAGUAUAUAAGUUAAACUACACACACAUACAUAUAUAUGUACCCACAUAUGCACAUACUAUGUAUAUACAAGCUUCCAAUAUCCUCGUCGAAUGUGGAAAGCCAGCAAUUCAUGAUUUGACAUUACUUCCAAAGUGUGGCAAAUUACUUUUACAAAAAAGCUCGCAACUUUAUAACAAGCAAUAAAUUGAAUAAUACGCGUACAAUGCCAUAAAACUCGUUGAAUUCCUCAAACCAAAAAAGUUGUGUACUCAAAACCACUUCAAGCAACUUCUCCACUCAACUCUCCAGCAAACAACGCUCAAAGCACGUAACAGGCAACACUCAGCCGUAAAGCCACAGUGAAACGGACUCAACGGCACAAAGCUCAACAAUUAAUUUUUGAUUAGCUAUCGACGUCCAUUUGGAAUAAAUUUUCUACUUUUUUAAUACGAAUUUAUCGAUCGCGAGACGGGUCUUGCAAAUCCUGCGCUUGUCUACGAUGAGCUAGACUAUCCCCAUCUUUAUUCCCAAUUCGACGGUGGUGGCUCAAUGAUGAUGACCAGCCAUAUGGAUAGCCAACAAAUGCCCGCCUUUGCAGCCAACGCCACCGAUAGCAUCGAUGGUGAGAGCAGAAGCUACAAUGCCGACGAUUUAGAUCAAGAAGAUGGCGAAGAGAAGGGCACACGAUGCGUGCCAGAGUUCCAAUUCUCACUGGUCGAAUCGGAAUACGACGAAACGCUGGCGUUUCCCGAUUCCGUGACGAUAUUGUCGAAUGUCGGGGAAAAGCCAGUUCUAGUGCAACGAAAGGAUACAGACGACGACGAUGAUGAGGAGGAGGGCGCCGGCGCGUUGUCAGGACAGCCGGCGGAAAUACCGUACACUUCAAUAUACGGGCCAAGUAUGAAAUUUAACUCUUUUCAACGGAAAGUGUUUAUACCCGGCACGGAGAUACAGGUGCGGAUAAUUGACAAUGAACGAAGUGUGACGACACACUUAUUGAAUCCAAACUUAUAUACCAUCGAACUGACGCAUGGCCCCUUCACGUGGACCAUUAAACGCCGUUACAAACAUUUCAAUUCGCUGCAUCAGCAACUUAGUUUCUUCCGCACCUCACUAAACAUUCCCUUUCCGAUGCGUAGUCAUAAGGAGAAACGCGCAACAAUUAAAAAGGCAGCCAUACAAAUGGCGGACGAGGCGCGCCUCAAGUCAAUGCAGCAGACACAGACGCAGACAACGGUUCUUGAGACCAGCCACAAAGUGCAAUAUACUGGCAACGGCAAUGCGUGCAGUGCGAUGGCGAUGGCGAGUACCAGCAGUAGUCCUUUGGGAGCGCUGGGAAUUAUGGGGAAAAGGAAGAAGAAAAAACGAAAGCUACCACGUUUUCCGAAUCGGCCCGAGUCGCUUAUUGCAUUCGAAUCACUGCCUAUGCGAAUAAAGCAACUGGAGGACUAUCUGUACAAUUUGCUGAACAUCAGUUUGUAUAGAAAUCAUCACGAAACGCUGAACUUCGUUGAAGUCUCAAAUGUUUCGUUUAUCUCUGACCUCGGCAUCAAAGGCAAGGAGGGUGCCAUACUCAAGCGUACAGGCUCAACACGUCCUGGCCAGGCGGGCUGCAAUUUCUUUGGUUGUUUUCAGCAGAAGUGUUGCGUGCGCUGCAGUUUUUUCUGCUCGGAUGUGCUUUACGGCAAGUGGCGCAAUCGCUGGUUCUUCGUCAAGGAGACUUUCUUCGGCUACAUACGUCCCACCGAUGGCGUGAUUAGAUCUGUGAUACUAUUCGAUCAGGGCUUCGACGUGUCCACUGGCAUCUAUCAGACGGGCAUGCGUAAAGGUCUGCAGGUGCUCACCAACAGCCGUCACAUAAUACUCAAGUGUUGGACGCGGCGAAAGUGCAAGGAGUGGAUGCAAUAUCUCAAACAGACAGCUAACAGCUAUGCCCGCGACUUUACCUACCCCAAUCCGCAUAUGUCGUAUGCUCCGGUGCGCUCGGGUAUACAAGCGAGUUGGCACGUGGAUGGGUCCGCAUACAUGGGCGCGAUAGCGGAUGCGCUCGAAGAGGCGAAAGAAGAAAUUUUCAUAGCCGAUUGGUGGUUGAGCCCCGAGAUUUAUAUGAAGCGGCCAGCGAUCGAUGGCGAUUAUUGGCGCUUGGAUAAGAUACUGCACCGGAGAGCGUCGCAGGGUAUUAAGGUAUUCGUGCUGCUUUACAAAGAGGUCGAAAUGGCUUUGGGCAUUAAUAGUUACUAUAGCAAGCAGAGGCUUUCACACGAGAAUAUCAAGGUUUUGCGACAUCCUGACCAUGCGCGUGCUGGCGUGUUUUUCUGGGCGCAUCACGAAAAAAUGGUGGUGAUCGAUCAGACCUACGCUUUCAUCGGUGGUCUGGAUCUCUGCUACGGACGUUGGGAUGAUUAUCGCCACCGGCUCAGCGAUCUUGGCAGCGUAUCAACCGCUUCGGCAUCAGGCAGCACGCGUCGACUUGGUGGCUAUUUCACAAAAGACGACGCUGACUCUGCCUUUGGCUCUCAAAAAUCCUCACGCAAGGAAAAUGCCAACGUGAGUACGGACUUGCAGAAAAGAGAACAGUUAAGCGCAAGCUUUGCGGCGCCCGAAUUUGAGGAGGUGGAACUGCGUACACUCUCGCCUGGCGAAAAACUCGUAAUACCUGAACUGCUUUCACCCACCGCUGGCGAACCAGUCGCCAUUGAGGGCUUGAAAUUGAACACACCCGAGAUGGAGCGCAAGAAUGUAUUGGAAAAAAUCACAACAAAUGCUAUGCGCAAGGGUAAAGAUCUUGUGAAUAGACUAACAAUGACAGAACAGGAUCGCGCAGCAACGAGUGAUAAAUCGCCAGAUGUGCUCAAGGAUCCUAAGCAGCUGGUAUUCACCAUUGACGAAAUGGAGCAAGGGCGUCUGGGCGGACUGGAAGAUCCGACGCCUUUCCAAACGCAGAUUCUCAACGAUUACUACGGCCAAGCGAAGUACUGGUUCGGCAAGGACUAUUCGAAUUUCAUACUCAAAGAUUGGAUGAAUUUGGAUGCGCCGCUGGUCGACAUUAUAGAUCGUUCAACAACACCACGUAUGCCUUGGCAUGACGUGGGCAUUUGCAUGAUUGGUCCGUCGGCGCGUGAUGUGGCACGCCAUUUCAUACAACGCUGGAAUGCUGUGAAGUUGGAAAAGAUGCGCGACAACGCGAACUUCCCCUACCUAAUGCCAAAGAGUUAUCACAACAUCAGACUGAAUCCGAAUAUUGUCUUGAAACGGCAGAAUCGCGUAACUUGCCAAUUGCUGCGCAGCGCUUCCUCUUGGAGUUGCGGCUUCAUCGAACAAGAUUUGGUGGAGCAAAGCAUACAUGAUGCCUACAUACAGACCAUAACGAAGGCGCAGCACUACAUCUACAUCGAGAAUCAGUUCUUCAUCACGAUGCAGUUGGGCGCUACGGGCGCCUAUGGAAAUGUGCGCAAUCAAAUAGGCGAGACGUUGUUCAAGCGCAUUGUGCGAGCACACAAGGAGCGGAAAACUUUUCGUGUUUUUGUGAUCAUACCUCUACUGCCCGGUUUCGAGGGUGACGUUGGCGGCAGCACCGGCAAUGCGGUACGCGCAAUCACGCACUGGAAUUAUGCAUCGAUUUCAAGAGGACGCUCUGCGAUACUCACACGCCUCAAGGAGGUCGGCAUAAGCGAUCCCGGCGAAUACAUCUCGUUCCAUAGCCUGCGCACAAAUUCACAAUUGAAUAAUAUUCCCAUUACCGAACUCAUUUAUGUGCACUCAAAGCUGCUCAUCGCCGAUGAUCGUGUGGUAAUUUGUGGCUCGGCGAAUAUCAAUGACCGCUCGAUGAUCGGCAAACGUGAUUCGGAAAUUGCUGCCAUCAUUAGCGACGAAGAGUUUGAGGAUGGGCGCAUGAAUGGCAAAAAGUAUCCGAGUGGCGUGUUCGCCGGCAGGCUGCGCAAAUUUCUAUUCAAGGAGCAUUUGGGCUUGCUCGAUCCCGAUGCCGAUCGCAUGCCAAUCGAUGUAACCGAUCCGGUGAUCGAUCAGUUCUGGAAUGGCAUGUGGCGGCGCACAUCGACGCGCAACACCGAGAUUUACGAAGAGGUAUUCAAGUGUAUACCCAGCGAUAAGGUGAAAUCGUACGCGGAUUUGCGAAAAUAUCAGGAAGAGCCGCCAUUGUGCAGAUCGGACCCGGAGGUGGCGGCGAAGCGGGUGGCAAAUAUUCAGGGAUUCCUAGUCAAUCUGCCAUUGGACUUCCUCAACAAAGAAGUGCUAACACCGCCUGGCACCAGUAAGGAGGGUCUCAUCCCUACCGCCGUGUGGACGUAGUCUGAGAUAUGCAUUUUUACUGCUAUAAAUAUUUAUAUGAAUUUGCUAUAAUGUAUUUAUUAUUAUUAUUUGUUUUUGUAAAAACCGUGUAAUAUGGAAAAAGUUGAAGUGCUUUAUUAGCUUGUAAGGUUAGUGUGAGCUUUUGUUGGUGUUAUUACGUAAAGUUUGUAUAUUAAAUUUAGGGCUAUCAUAGAUAUUUACUUUUACUUUAACUAGGCUGUAAAAAUAUCAACUAAAAAUAUAUUUGUGACAGUAUUUUAGCUUUCGAUAAUAUUUUACAAGUGUCGAUUCCAUUGUA